UAGCAAUCCAGCGGAAGCGAUGUGGGCGCUAUAGCAACGGUAGCUGGCGGCGUUGGCGCCUGAGAGAGAGCUGGGCCUGAAGCUGGAAUAGAUCCUGGAGAGUUGGGGUGGUCAGUUGGAGAUCCAGAGCAGAGACAAGAUGUUGAGCAGUGCAGGACCGGACCAUAGUGAAACCAGAUGGGAAUGGCUGCUACUAUGAAAAUCCUUCUAGUUUCAGUAACACCAAAAUUUUCUCCAUUUUAUCCAACUGCUUGCCGAACCAAUAACAAUAGAUCAUGUCUAGCCCAACUGAUGAGACCGCAGGAGACCUGCCUGUGAAAGAUACAGGUCCACGACUUCUUGGAGGAUUGAAAGUUCCCUGGAAUUCAAAGUCUCGACAACUCGUGUCACGUGUCAGUCGUGAGGAAUUGGAAGAUCGAUUUUUGCGUUUGCAUGAAGAGAACAUUGUACUUAAACAGCAUGCCUCCAAGCAAGAAGAUAAAAUUAAAAGAAUGGCCACCAAGUUAAUACGGCUUGUUAAUGACAAGAAAAGAUGUGAGCGGAUUGGUGGCGGCCCCAAGCGGCAAGGACGGGAUGUGGAACUAGAAGAAACGAUUGAGCAGCUGCAAGAAAGAGUUCAUGAGCUUGAAAAACAAAAUGAAGGCCUCAGAAACAAACUAAUUUCUACUAAACAGCAACUUCAAUUCCAAGGUCAUAGACACACUCCAUAUAACCACGUACAAUCUCGUAUUAACACAGGACGGAGAAAAGUGAAUGAGAUUUCUGACUUUCAGGAAAGCCCAAGGAAAGGAACAAAAUUACAAGAUGCAGUAGAAGCAGGAACUCCACAACCCUCAAUUACAGGAGUUAAACAACGUUUACUUCAAGAAGCAAGGGAGGAAAUAAAAGCUUUAGAAAGUUUGGUUGAAACACAAAGAGACCAGAUACUAGAUCUGGAGCACAUGGCAGAGGUAUUGAAAACUCAAAUGAGGAGAAAAGAAAAUGAGUAUGAGGCAUCUCUUUUACAACUUCGAGAGCAGCAAGCAACAGAUCAAAGGUCAAACAUUCGGGAAAAUGUGGAACUGAUCAAACUUAAUAAGCAGCUUAUGGAGAAAAGUAAUGCCCUUACAGUAAUGGAAGGAAAAUAUAUCCAACUUCAAGAGAAGCAAAGGCAUCUUAAAGCCAGCCAUGAUGCCUUAUUGGCAAAUGGGGAUGAACUCAACCUACAGCUCAAAGAACAUCGUUUAAAGUGCUUCAGUCUUGAAAAACAACUACAGUCUAAGAGCUUUGUUGAAAAAAAGGUAGGGGAGCUACAGGAUAAAAUUAAUGAUUUGGAAAGAGAGAAGGAACUUUUAAAGGAAAACUAUGAUAAACUAUAUAACAGUGCCUUCAGUGUGACCCACGAAGAACAAUGGAAGUUAAAGGAACAACAGCUUAAACUGCAGAUUGCUCAGCUGGAGACUGCCAUAAAGUCUGAUUUAGCAGACAAGAAUGAAAUUCUGGACAGACUAAAAGUUGAAAGAGACCAAACAGAAAAACUUACUCAAGAAAAUAAAGAACUACAAUUACACUAUCUGGAACAUAAACAACAGCUUGAUGAACUUAAAAACCACAUGAAGUUUUUCAGCAAGGAGAGUGAAAUUGAUAUGACUGAGUUCAGUGAAGCCCUCAUGCUUAUAAAGUCUAGAAAAGAGCAGAAAAGUGGACAACUUUCCUUUCUAGAGAAAGUUGAUGGUGACAUUAAUAAGGACCUAGAAAAAUCAAUUCGAGAGCUUCAGGCAACACAUGCAGAAACAGUGCAAGAACUAGAAAAGACAAGAAAUAUGCUGAUCAUGCAGCAUAAAAUUAAUAAAGAUUAUCAGAUGGAAGUUGAAGCAGUAACCCAGAAGUUGGAAAGUUUUCAACAAGAUUAUGACUUAAAAAUAAAACAGUAUGUUCAUCUUCUUGACAUCAGAGCUGCACGUAUCCGGAAAUUAGAAGCCCAAUUAAAGGAUAUUGCCUAUGGCACAAAGCAGUACAGAUUUAAACCAGAAAUCAUGCCAGAUGAUCCUGUAGAUGAAUUUAAUGAAGCUAUCCAUUUAGAACGGGGAGAGAACCUAUUUGAAAUCCAUAUCAGCAAACUGACCCUUUCAUCUGAAGCUAUCCAGGCAUCAGGAGAUCAAGAACCUUCCACUUUCUGUACCUAUGCUUUUUAUGAUUUUGAACUGCAGACAACUCCUGUAGUCUCUGGUCUCCAUCCAGUAUAUAACUUUACAUCCCAGUAUCUCGUCCAUGUUAAUGACUUCUUUUUGCAGUACAUACAGAAAAAUGGUGUCACUCUUGAGGUCCAUCAGGCAUAUAGUACUGAUUAUGAAACAGUUGCUGCAUGCCAGUUGCGAUUCCAUGAGAUCCUGGAAAAGAAUGGUCGAAUUUUGGGUGCUGCAAAUUUGGUUGGAAUUAAAGGAGACAUUCCACAUUAUGGCACAAUAGAAUAUUGGGUCCGAUUAAGAGUUCCUAUGGAUCAAGCAAUUAGACUGUAUAGAGAACGGGCAAAAGCUUUAGGCUAUAUAACAUCCAAUUUUAAGAGACCAGAGCAAAUGCAUCAGCAGAUACCCAAAACUGCUGAUCUCAGUCUUACUUCAGAUGACAACUUAAAUGAACUCCAUAUCACAAUAAAAUGCUGUAGCAACCUGAAGUCCGGAGCAACCAAAAGUCACGUGCAGCCAAAUCCAUAUGUUGUAUACAAGUUCUUUGAUUUUGCAGACCAUGAUACAGCUAUCAUUCCAAAUAGCAAUGAUCCCCAGUUUGAUGAUCACAUGUGCUUCCCAGUGCCAAUGAAUCCGAACUUGGAUAGAUAUCUAAAGUCAGAGUCUCUGAGUUUUUAUGUAUUUGAUGAUAGUGACACCCAGCAGAAUACUUACAUAGGAAAAGUCGAUGUACCACUGAUUUCAUUGGCACAUGAUAGAUAUAUUUCAGGAAUAUUUGAGUUAACAGAUCAUAAGAAGCAUCAUACAGGAACCAUUGAAGUUGUGUUGAAAUGGAAAUUUACUUACCUUCUUCCAAGUUCAUCAGCAGCACCUGAGGACCUAAUGAAUGUUAUUAAAAAAGAAGAAUCAGAAGCUGAUAAGAAGUUGCACAGGGCAUCCUCUGUUACUACACCAGUUGUAGUGCCAAUACCUAAACCAAGACAGCGUACAAUCCCAACAGACAAGAAAGUGUCCUUUGUGGAUAUCACUUCACACCAGGAUUCUAUGUCUAUCUCAGAUGAAGAUGUACAGAAAUCUUCACCAGAAAUGAAGGUUACAAAGAAAUUACAAGUUAAGGCUUCAUCUGUGCCAGAUAUUCCAGAGGCUUUGCCAGAAAGGAUGGUAGAGAAGGUAAAUGAGAAUGUUCAAGAAAUGUGGCAAGGAAAAGAUGAGGAUUUCUCUCACCUCUCUAUGGGUCAACUUGCUGGCCAAAGUUCAUCUGCUUCUGAAGAUGACACAGAAAUUAGUGAGGAGUUAGAAAGAGAAGAAGUUCAAGAGGAAAGACUAGAUUCUGAUGCUGUUGAUUCAAUAAUUACUGACAGCGAUGACUGUAUUGUUCCAAGUCCCAUGUCUAAGAAUGUUAAACAGCCAUCAGAAAAAAUUCGGAUUGAGAUUAUAGCUCUAAGCCUCAAUGAUUCCCGAGUAGCCAUGGAUGACACUAUACAACGCCUAUUUGUAGAAUGCCGUUUCUACAAUUUUCCCGCAGAAGAGACACCAGUGUCACUUCCAAAACCCAAAAGUGGACAGUGGGUCUAUUAUAAUUACAGCAAUGUGUUAUAUGUGGAUAAAGAAACCAACCAAGCAAGAAGAGAAUCUCUAAAGACUAUAUUGCAAAGACCAGAGAUGCCUAAUGGAAGUAUCCAAUUCACCGUGGUAAGUGAUCCUCCAGAGGAUGAACAGGAUCUUGAGUGUGAAGAUAUUGGCAUUUCCCAUGUCAGUCUCAUUGAAAUAUUUCAGGAAAAAAAAGACAUCAUUGAGCAAAAUAUUGAUGUAUUUGAUGCACAAGUGGAUGGUGAAGUAAUUGGCAAGCUUAGAAUAACAGUGGAGGCCUUGCAUGCCCUGUACUCCAUCUAUGAGGAAUACAGAGAUGAAUUGGAGACAUAGAAAUGUUCCUAAGGCAUCACCUUCUCCUGAGUAAAUUUUCCCAUCGAUGGCUCUUAGAUGAGGCUUUUGUAAUUACUACAGUAUAUAUUUAAUGUAUAAUUUAUGCACAGUAGAGCCUGGGUUUGAAGUUGUAAAGUUUUGUAUACUUUUUGAUUUGUUUAUUUUUCUAUUCCCUCCAUCCCACAACUGCUGUCCCCCAGGGUCUCAGCCCUCCAUAGUGGCCAGCACCUUUUCAAUAAUUCAUACCUACAUGAUGGCAUGAGGAAUACUCAUUUGCAUUUUUUGCAUUUUCGUAUGAAGAGCAAGAAGGCAAAUCAGUUCCUUAUUUUUAAUAAGCAAGAAGCAUGUCUUCGAAAACUUAUGAAAAAAAUACUUUUAUGUUAUCCCUAAUCACCCAACUAAAUGGAAUGCUGUGAUUAGCCUCAUUAAGAGUUUUUUUACUGUGAAGAUUUUAUUAGAAGCAAUAUAUGAAAAUUACUUGGAUUAAUGUGUUAAUCUUCCUCUUUAAAAUGCUAAUAUCCAUUUUAUGCACAUUAAAGCUCAGUAUGCAUUUCUUUGAUGCAUGCAGUUUCUAUCAAUUAAAUAUAAAGAAUGAGACUAGCCAGAAGACUUAUUAAAUUACUGCAAGCUUGGGGGGGGGUUGGUCUUUUUUAAAAAAUAACUUCACUCCUUCAGCUAACAUUAUUAUCAGAUAUUUGUGAUGGUAGUAUAGAAAGAGGGAUAUUCGUGGAUACAUAAAGAUAUAGGUAUGAGAAAUUUACAUUUUGAAAACUGGGCAUCCUUUAUAGAAAGAAAGUAUUGAAAGCAUGGCUCAGAUUCCAACACGUUUAGUUAGAAUGGAAGAGACAGGAAAGUAUCUUUUUAUCAAUUUUAAAAUUUACAUCAAGCAUGUAUAAUGCUUACUUGUAUCUGGAUAACUAGACCUAGAAAAGCAGCUCAGAAAGUUAAUUUUCUAGCUUUUAACCAAUCUCAAUGAAGGAUUUAAUUGAUAUUUUUAAUGGAGCUGUGAAUCAAUGCUGCAAAAGAAUUGUCUCUAGAGGUCUAGGAUAUAAUGCAUUUCAUUUUUUAAUUUACUCUUUUAUUUGUCAUUUUCUUCAAAGGAUUUUAUAGGCUGUGGGUUUUCAGUGUUUGCAAACAGGCUAUGUUCCUUCUUAAGCAUAUGUAAAGUAUUCAGAGAGAUAAGUAAUUUAUUAAAAUCUACCUAAUUUGCCGUGAUAUAUUAAAUCUCUGCUUCAGUGAUCACAGACCAUUUCAUUUAGAGAAUUAGGCAUUCCCUCUUUGUGUGAUUAAAGCUCUGGAAAAUGAGUUCUUUGCUCCUAUUUGUGAACAUUCAAAGCCUGCUAAUGGCAAGAAGAUGGAAUAGAUUAUGAGACAAUUCAUUACAGUUCAACAGCAAAAAAAAAAGAAAAAAGAAAAAAGCAGCUAUAAUGCAAAAAUGCAAGUAUGAAUAUCUGCAUAUACUUUGAACCAUCUGUGCUCUAAUGGCUUCAAUAAUGGUUCUUCAUCUUCAGGAGACUUUGAAAUUACAUCCGUACAAUAUUAAUUUGUUGAUGUACAUUUUAAAGCCAAUAGAAUAUGAUCUGACCACAGAAAUCUAUAAAUUUUGCUCUGUACUGUUGGGCCUUUCUGUCAUACAGCCUACCAUCUCAAAGAGAAGCCCUGCUCUCUCAUCAAAACUCUGCAAAUCCUCAGAACAACUCAUUCUUCUGGAACCUUCGAAAGACCACAAACAUCUGCAGACUAUACCACUCCAAACCUAGUAAACAGCCACAUGUUUGUUGUCACUUUGGCUGGCUCUUAGCUCAUCUUUUUGGCUAUUCUUUCUAGCUUUCUUUGGCUUCAUGCAGUUAUAUUGUCAUUAAGGACCUUAAUAUUCCCUGCAGUAAUUUAAAACAGCCACAUUAUUAUGCACUAAGAUCAACUGAGUGGUUCAGGACACUUAUUGUGGUAUUCUCCCAGGAGGUUUGUGUUAUUGUUUUAAUACUCUACAACCCAAACUAAAUACCUUUCCUACAGAGAGAAGCUUAUGAAGGACUCUUUGUGGUCUCUGAGCUGAGGUGGAAAUUUUGAUCAGGAAGCUGUAUUCCAGAAUCUUGUAACUCUGUUUACUUCUGGAUACUGCACUUUGUGCUAAUAUCAGAUAUUUAGUUAUGUCUUAUUCAUAUUUAUUAGAACAUCACAUCUAAUCCUUCUGAUCUAAUUUGGAAAUUUUCAACUUCAGCAUAUUCUAAAUUAAUUAAACAUUCAUCUGUGUAGCAGAUUUAAAAUCUGCUGCCAUGUUUUUCAGUAGUUAGAUUUUAUUACUCUAUUUUCAUUAAUAUGUCAAUUGACAUUUAUAACUUAUAUUAGGAUAUCUUUUUGCCUCUUUUUUUUAUCCCAGUGUUCAUUGAAAUGUUCACCAUCUAUUAGAUUCCAGUGAAAGUCCAGUCUCUAAAGUUAUUUCUUAUGAGUCAGCCAGACCUCAGCCAUAGAUGAGGGUUAGAAGCUAGCGAAGACCCCAGCUACACAGACAACGCAGCUUAAGGUAACACUUCUGUAAACGUUUGGCAAUGGAUCUAAAUAUAAACAGUCAGUGUGAUACUUUGGAUGUGGCCUAUGCUUUCAUUUAGAUGGCUAAAUAGAAAUAUGGUUUUUCUUUUUUUGUUUAAGUUCAUAUAAUUUUGCCUGUUGUAGUAAUAUCACAUUCCUAGCCUCCAUCAUAAGAAACAGUUGAGAAAAAUAAGUUUUAUAGCUAACAGUGUGGUUUACGUCAGGAACUUUUCUCUAAACUCUUUGCAGUAACACAUUUUCUAAAUUACCAUAGUUUACUGCUGCUUAACUUAUGUUAGUUUUUUAAGAAUUAAGUGGAGAAUAUCUUUAAUCAAAUAAAGGAAGGCCCACAUUGAAAUUA